CUGAGGCCGUCACGACCCUGGCGGUGAUGGUACGGCCGGGUAUAUAAGCCUCGACUCCGGGGCUCAAACACCACCACUCACUUGGAGCUCUCACCUACACCAACAUGAUCCUGAAGGCUGUAUUGUUGACCUUGGCCGCUGCUGCGGUGGCCGAGAAGCUCCCCUCUUAUUCUUACCGAGCCCCGAGCAGAGGAAGUGGAGGACUUGGAGGGGCUGGUGGAGGAGGCUUCGGGGCCUCUGGAGGGGCUGGUGGAGGAGGGUUCGGGGCCUCUGGAGGCGCUGGUGCAGGAGGCCUCGGGGCUGGUGGAGGAGGCUUCGGGGCCUCUGGAGGGGCUGGUGCAGGAAGCUUCGGGGCCUCUGGGGGAGCUGGUGCAGGAGGCUUCGGGGCCUCUGGAGGGGCUGGUGCAGGAGGCUUCGGGGCCUCUGGGGGAGCUGGUGCAGGAGGCUACGGAGCCGCUGGAGGGGCUGGUGCAGGAGGCUUCGGGACUUCUGGAGGAGCUGGUGCAGGAGGCUUCGGGACUUCUGGAGGAGCUGGUGCAGGAGGCUUCGGGGCCUCUGGAGGAGCUGGUGCAGGAGGCUUCGGGGCCUCUGGAGGAGCUGGUGCAGGAGGCUUUGGGACCGCUGGAGGGGCUGGUGCAGGAGGCUUCGGGGGAGCUGCAAGUGGAAGUUCUGUUAGUGGAAGUUACAGACCAUCAGGACCUGUUGUGCCCAUCCUGAGGGACGAGCGUCAGGGACCUGAUGCGUACGGCAACUACAACUUCAACUUCGAGACUGGUGACGGCAUCAGUCGUCAGGAGCAGGGCGCCCCUCAGGGCCCAGCUGGCGCCGUGGCAUCCCAGGGAGGAUGGUCAUUCACUUUUCCCGAUGGGACUCCAGCGGUCUUCAGCUUCGUAGCGGAUGAAGGCGGUUACCGCGUGGAGUCUGACCUGCUGCCCACGCCCCCGCCUCUCCCCGCCCACGCCAUCGCCCAGAUCGAGAAGGCUCGUCAGGAAGACGCCGCCGCUGCUGCUUCAGGUGGUCGCGGAUCAUAUGCAGCUGCGUCAAGCUCUGCUUCUCAGAUUUCUGGAGCGUCUUCCGGAGGCUUCGGUGGCUCACAAGCUGGAGGCUCUCAAACCGGAGGCUUCGGUGGCUCCCAAGCUGGAGGCUUCGGCGGCUCACAAGCAGGAGGCUUCGGCGGCUCACAAGCUGGAGGCUUCGGCGGCUCUCAAGCUGGAGGCUUCGGUGGCUCACAAGCUGGAGGCUUCGGCGGCUCACAAGCUGGUGGCUCUCAAGCUGGAGGCUUCGGCGGCUCUCAAGCUGGAGGCUUCGGUGGCUCACAAGCUGGAGGAUUAGGUGGCUCACAAGGUUCUACGGGAGGUUUUGGAGGUGCAUCCGGUGGAGGCUUGGGAGCCACUCCUGUAGCUCCCAAGAGGACAUAUGGCGCCCCAUAAGCCUCGUCCCAUCUCUGUUACGCGAAGCGAAUCACCAAGUCCUCAUAUCACAACCUCCGUAGACUUUUCUCGUAAGAGCUCCCAGUAUCGUAGAUAUUCUGUUGUUAAUCAUAUCACCCAAGUCUCGCUUUAUUUACAAAAUCUCUCUUUCUAAUAUGUCUUUUUAUCUUUACUCAUUACUGAUAAUGUUAUUGAUUUUAUCCAAAUAAAAUAUUGUGAAGAAA